AUGUUUAGUGCAUCGGCGACUAUGGAUCGCCUCAAAAACCGGGACGGCAGCUUAAUCACGAUAUAUCACCAGACAUGGGCUAUCCGUCUGCUUAAUGAGCGCCUCAAUCAGGAAACUCCUGUUUUGGAUUAUGGUACUUUGGGAUCUGUAGUACCCUUGAUACUUUACAAUAUCGCGGCGUUAGACAGGGCUUCGGCGAUAGCUCACCAGAAGGGCCUCAUAAAGAUGCUGCUGUCGACACCGAAACAACUGAGAGAUGAAAUAGGACCGCUACUCGGCCUCAUCAAAUUAGUAAUGCUUGCCGUCGCCUGCGUGUUUGACACCCCCCCAGUCUGGGAUUGUUUGCUCUCAGGGUCAGUUCGUCCCAACUCAAUCCUUCGAAACCUCGUCACGGGUGGCAUAUUUUGCAAAAAUGGAUACAUUCUUGAACAGGCCACUGUGGAUGCGAUUCUCGAUGUGUAUGAGGCGGUCUCUCAGCUAGACCAUCUCACUCAUGCCGAUGCCGCUUCCAUCGACAGGGAGAUUGAGCGCGUGCUCUCUUUGAAGAAGCGGGAUGAUCAAUCCGAUCGCAUCCAAGCCAUGCCCGCGCCUUUGAAUAAAGUCGACAGAGUUAAUGCCUGCUGUCAAUUCAGUUCAUUGAUUUUCUGGAAGCUGCUCAAAGGCCGGGCGCAAAUUCAAGCUGGCACCCCUGCAACCGACAUAAAAGAAAUCAAUCUACUAUUAGAGCAUUUGAUGAUAAUCGAUUCUCGGUACUGGAUUCAAAAUGCUCCAGAAGCCUUGACAUGGAUCGUGUUUACAGGAGUUGCGGCAUCUACUGGUGAAAAGGAGAGAGAACUUUUUAUUCAAAUCGCGGGAAAUUUGCUGGCAGCUGUUGAUUCUGAUAGUCUGGUGAUGAUCAGGCAAGGCUGGAGAUUUUGCAGUCUUUUGAAAAGACUGGCCGGUUUCUCAUUGCCUGUUGCGAUUUCAGACGGAGCUUAA